UCACGCUGAUAUUGAACAUUGCAUAACGUUCCGUGCAAGCUGUAUAAAAAUACUUACCGAAAACGUAGAUGCAUAGUGUCGAAAGAGAAGCUGUAAACGAUAGUUAUGGGUCCAGAAUCGGUCUUGGCAUUCUCAUUAAGUAUUUUGGUAAUUUGUGGAAAUUCAGGGGUUUAUACCAACACUGUAUUAGCACGUAGGAAUUUGCACGGUGACGUGAGGGCACCUGGACUUCACUUGCAGUCGAUUUCGAAAAAUGAUAAUGGACCAUAUCAAUUUCGUAGAUUGUUACAGAAAGAGGCUGAUCCCAAAGUAGCUUCGAUAGCUUCCGUAGCAGCUGACGCAAGUCUGGACGUCACCAAGACAAUGGCAAAGGAAAUUAGCGAUGCAAUUGCAUUGGCAGUAGCGAAUGCAGUCGCCAAAAUUUUUGCUGAACAAUCCGCAACAUCCGAACAGGAUUCUGAGAAGCUGCCAGAGAAUGUUCCAGUAGCAUCUGACGAUGUGAAACCCAACAGUAACGAAAAACAUGAUUCGAAAUAUGGUAAUGUUGGGUAUCGUCGACUCUCCAUUAAGGGAUCACAAGAAGAGCCUGAGGAUGCUUAUGAAGUCGACGAUAACGAAUCUAGGCCAGCUGAUAAUACUAGAAAAUCGUUGAAGACAUCAGACGCAGAUCAGUCAAAGAUAACACGAAGAACUUUUAAUGACAACCAGACACUAGCUUUUAACCAGGAUGCUCAGGUUAAUCCAACUGUGAAUUAUCGAAGAAAUGCAAUUAUAAUUUUGCAUCAUAGGAACAACAGUGGACCAUCUUAUCAAGAGCGUAUAAAUGUUAGUCGUCGUUAUCAUCAGUCUAUUCACGAACAACGUGAUGAUGAUUAUGACGAAGCUUUGUAAACUGAUAAGAAUAAUGAUAAGAAAAAAAUUAUAAAACGAAGUGACAUAUCACAUCGUGCUAAAAAUAAUGGCAAUAUGAACGAAUAUUUUUGAUCAUUGAUAAUGAUUUGUAUUAGUCAAAUUAAUUUGUCGAAUAAAGGAUUUACGAUUUAAAAA